CUCGGCAAAACCCCCCCCCUCGCUAGCAUGGCGACCAUGGCAAACCGUGAAUACAAGAACUCUCUGUCUCCAUUUCGAAUACUACAGUUGCUUUUCCUACUAAAUCCCCGCAGCGUGGGAGGAAAAGGUAACAUCCACGAGGGGAAGGUGAAGAGGGGUUUUAAGGAGGGGGAAAAGUGUUAUGUAGGUGCCGAUCAAUAAACUCCCAAGCUUGCCCCCUCUCCAUCGGCCAUUAGAUAUCUUCCCGCAUUACCAGCCCUAUGAUCGUUCCGUUAUUUUUCAUGCUGGGUCUGGCUGCGGCCUUUAAUAAUCCCCCCGGCGUGGAUAUCUGGUGUGGGAAGGCCUACCGUGCUACAAAUGUGUCCUUUGAACCUGGGGGUUGGCUGGAGCAGCCAGACCGGUCUGCCGUGCCGCUUCUAGAUUUACGUGUUCGGCCGCGUAUGAGCUUGUAUACCCCUGGUGAUGACCAGGGGUCGUUCAUUGUUGACGCGGACAUCUCCUAUAUUCGUGGAGAGCCCCUCGAGGGACCGGGAGGCGAGCAUGACACUCAAAGUCUCGAGGUGGAGAUUCUCGUUGAUGAGACACAAUUGAAAUUGCAGCACACUUUCAAGGUGAAUUCAACGUCAAAUGAGUUGGGUUUCCCUCUUGAGAGUCUUGCGCCGCGCUUUCAGCCCUACGGCGUGACCCUCAAAGCCACACGGCCGAAUGGUGAGCGGGUAUACACCGCGACCACGGAGAUAUACCGUCUCCCAGAUCGCACCGACGGAGGCAGUGUUACAAAGGUCGACAGUCUCUAUGGCGGAAUACUAGUCCAGAACAAGACCUCCCGCUCUCCCACAUGGAGUCCCCUCUUACCAUACUCAUUCUACGUGAGCUGGGACGGCUGGCUCCAGAAGUCCCUCGACAACGUCCAGAACUUCAAAGACCAGGGAUACAACAUCAUCCACAUCGUCCCCAAUGCCGGCCUAAUCAACCAAGCCUUCAAUUUCACCGAGCUAAACCAGUUCCUGGAUAAAUGUGACCAGAUUGGGUUAUGGGUGAUGUACGAUAUGCGCUGGACGUAUCAGAAUCUCACCUCCGUGAGAGACCAGGUAAACAUGCUCAAGACACGAAAGAGUAUGCUACUCUGGUAUACCGGCGACGAACCCGACGGUCAAGGCGAUCCAUUAAACGCCACGAGAAUCACCUAUGAUCUUAUCAAAUCUCUAGAUCCAUGGCACCCAGUCUCGCUCUGUUUAAACUGCUACAAUUUCUACUUUGAAGAAUACUCCUCCGGCGCCGAUAUCAUCUUAUCGGACGUAUACCCGAUCGCGGUCAACACCAGCUGGUCCGUCGUCUACGAUACGGCCUGCAACACGACCUACGGCUGCUGUGGCUGCGACGAUUGCGAGGGCACACUAGACGAUAUCUCCGUUCGCCUCGACCUCUUUGCCGAGUACCAGUCUUGGAUCGGAUCUGCUCCUAAACCCCUCUGGGGCGUGCCCAUGGCCUUUGGAAACGAGUCAUUUUGGACGAGAUAUCCCACCGCCGACGAAGAAGUGACCAUGACCAUGCUCAGCGUGAAUCAUAAUGCAAAGGGGAUCGUGAUGUGGGAUUAUCCGACGAGCACGGAACUUGCGCAGGUGACCAGUGAAUUGAGUCGGGUUCUUGCUAGUGAGGAAGUUGCGAGGUUUUUGUUAGGCGCGCCCACGGUCGCGUUGCAGGUGACUGGCCAUGGGAAGAUGGACGUUGCGGGCUGGAGGAUUGGAUCGAAGAUGCUCGUUAGUAUUUUGUCAUUGCAGGCGUCUGCUUGGACGUCGAGGGUUAUGAUUGCGUUGCCAGAUGGUGCUCGGGGAGUGAAUCAGGUACUCUGGGGAGCGGGGGCGUGGAGGGUUGUAGGGGGGCAAUUGGUGAAGACGGGGGGACAGGGAUUGGAAACUGAUUUGAUGAUGGUUGAGUUUGAGGGGGGGCAUUAGAUGUGAUUGAUUUUGAAUGUAGACAGAUCCUCAGUUCAUGGAUAGGGCUCUUUAUGCCUCGAUCCAAGUCCAAUUAUGUCGUGGGCGUCGGCCGUUGAUCUCUUCG